UGUUAACGUCGAGAAGAUCCACAUCCUUCCACAGACUGAGAUGAUGUGGGAGAGCCCGAGGUGAUGGAGACCUUCAUCCAUCUUUGCCUGAAUCUGACCGAUCUUGGGAGUCAAGCCAAGAUGUGACUGUCACGGUGCGUCAUAGUUUGGAUCUGACCAGCCUUCACAACGCUUGUUUCCAUAGCAACAGAAAUAUAAGUGAAUCCUAAAAAGUCCAAUUCCCACGAUGCAGUCCUCGUCUCAGCCUUCAAAGCCGCGACGUUUUGAUGUCAGCAGGCGGACCAAUACCGUAGCUGGACCAAGGUCUCACGGCCCUGGUUUUCAGAGGGAGGACAAGAACAUGAACACAAUCACUGUGUCCUCCCCUCGACGGGUGACCAAAGGCCCCACUGCCUCGGCUAGGACCAGGCCUGGUGUGCAGCCUCGAGCUCCGGUAGUCCAAUCUAGACCAAUCCCACACAGACCGGGUCCCACUAUCUCCAGAUUAGCUAAACCCAAGCCUAAAGGUGCUCGUGCAUCAGCAGCGACCAAGGCUGCAGCUGCAGCACCUCCUCCGCUACCCUCCGUUCUCCCUGUCGACCCAAACUGCAACGAGCCGAGCCUCCCAUGCCUUUGCUGUGACGGACGCUCCCCUCAAGACAACAACAGCAUGUUCAACCACAACCACAAUAACAAUAACACCAUCUCUCUCAGAGAGCAGCUGCAGCAACCGGCUCCUCCAGCCCUGUUGCCGUUGCCUCAGAAGCAGGAUGGGGUCGGGGCUAAGAAGCAGCCCCCGUCACAGGAGCCGGCCCAGAUGGAAGUCUCUGCCGAUGUUGCUGCCAAUGUAGAAAAUGGAGAGAAGAAAGCAGAUGAAAAAGCUGAUCUAGACAACAAGAACAAGGUAAAAGAGGAAGAUGAUGACAAGGAGAGCAGCGAAGAUAUUGAUAUUGAUGACGAUGAAGACGAGGCUGACAAUGAUUCUGACGAUGACUCUGACGAUGAUGAUGAUGAUGAUGAUGAUGACACCUUGGUGCCUUCAUCAUGUGACUGCCCCCCUUCCCUUUUGGAUUUCUCACUUACGUCCUCUACCUCCUCAUCUUCCACUUCCAUCAGCUCCUGCUCUGAUCUGGAGUCUGAUAGUGCAGACCAGUCUGCCUCCAUGUACUCCUGCUAUGACCAGGACAAUCUGUCCAUCACUGUGGACCCCAAAGACAACUCUCUUGCACAAGUCUCUGAAUGCCAGCCUCCUGCGCAUCCACCUCCACCCCUCCCUCUUAGUCACAAUCCCUUCUCCUUAACACCACAUUCUCCAAUUGCUCCUUGCUCUCCAGAUGAGGGCUACCCCUCUGCGCUCGACUCACCUUCUCCUGACUACUUAGGAGUCAAAGGUGACUCUGACGUCAACAAACUAGGCUUGCUUGACUUUCUAGAGUCAGUAGGAGAGUUUGGGAAAAUGGAGCGUUUUAGUCAGGUGAUCCAAGUUGCUCGAUGGGACCUGGAAGGGGAACAGCACUGGGAUGUUCUGCGGGAUCGGUUAGACCACCUGGACCUCUUGGAAAAGGUGAACAGGGAAGUAAAACUGGCCUACAUCGCCAGGCUUCACGAGAAAGGAUUCGAUCUUGGAGAUCUGGAGGAGCAGGACCUUACGGAUGUCAUGGAUGAAAUGGGAAACAUAGACAUUCCCUGGAAGUUGUAUAAAUCCCACGACAGAAGCAUGGGAGAGUCUCAAGAGUUUUCAGAUGCGGGGGUUGACCUCACCGCUCCAUCGGACUGUGACGAUCCUCUCGUUCCAGAUUCUCUACCCGCUUCCCCCAUCGAACCGCCACCUAGACCUCCUAAACCUCCAGAGCGUCAUGCCAGCGUGAGCUCUGACCUGCACACCUAUAUCAACAUCUGCCGAGACACCACCUCCAUGGCUGUUGCCACCUCGCCCACACUGUCUACCUUUUCUCCCAAUUCCUCGUCCCCGACAUUCACCACUUUUAGAUGCGAGAAGCCACUCCCUCCAUCUCCACCAUCCAUUCCUCCUCUCCCUCUCUCCAAGCCAGUCCCUUACCUUACCCUCUAUACCUCUCCCUCUCCACUUCCAUCCAUCCCUACCCCCACCCCUCCCAUCCCUCCCCCUCGAAAGCGACACCUGGCCAGAAAGGAGGCGCAGCGCCUCGCUGCUCUUCAAGCUGAACAGGAAAAGACCCCCCUGUCCCUUCCACCACCCUCCACACGUCCUCCACCUCUUCCUCCUCCCCCUGUUAUCUCAGUGACUUCCUCCACCUCCCCACCUGCCAUACCGCCUCCACCUCCCCUGCCGCCUCCUCCCUCCUUCCAUGCAUUGGACGUAGAGAUUCGGAAGCUGCUUAUGCUUGCUGGACUGACUCAAGCUGAGCUCCUCAAACUCAGUCCAGAGCUUGGUGUCUGCGUGGGGGGAUUAGAGGAUGAGGAAGAUGGAGAUAAUCAUAUUACAUACAGAUCUCUGGAGUCACGGGAGCUCAGACUACAAGACAGGGAGGAAGACAAUAAACCUUACACAGACAGAGAUGGAUGGACCAACUCAAAAAAGUUGGAUCAAGAUGGAAAAGCAGACGGAGCUGAAGAAUACCAAAAGAAUACAGAUACACAAAGAACCACAUUUACUGAACUGGCAAGAAGAAGGAAGAGGAACACUGAUUUUACAAAUGAUCAUUACUACAGCACCAAUUUUAGCAGCACACAUGCAACUAAAGUGAAGAAUGCAAGCAUCGAUGCUUUCCGUUAUCCCGCCGAGUUACCAGAUUCCCCCCCGCCCCCUCCUCCUCCGCGCCCCUUACCACCAAUUCCCCCUUCUUUGCCUCCCGUUAAAGUCAGCACUUUGUCUGCCAACUCCCAACAGCCUGAGCGUUUCGACUGGCUCAUAGCAUUCACGCCUGAGGUUGAACCACAGGAAAAGAGAAAAUCUCACGUGGAAACUCCAAAGAAGCUCAGUUCUUCAGUACCAUCUCCUGGGUCGGCUCCAAGGGUUACAACCUUUAAAGAGCUGCGUUUCCGCAACAAGAGCUCCUCCCCUCCAACAAGGGUAAUUACUGAUCCUGAGCCAGAUCCCAUGAUCGUCACCCCUGAUCCAGAUAUACUCUACAACUUGAAGUGGAGAAGAGAGACGGUUGGCAGUGAUGGCAACCAGUGGGAGUACACCUCCCAGGCUCAGGCCCUCUUCAUGCAGCCCCCGCCGGCCCUCACCUCAAUGGCCGCCCUGAAGGAGAUGCUGCAGAGAGCUGACGAGGAAGGUGGGAAGCCAGAGUUGUGCCCAUCGCCGAAGCUUGGCUGCUCAGUCAGUGACAGCAGCUUGUGGACCAUGGGCCGAGAGUGGGAGAAGAAAGAAGUCAAUAUAGAGCAAAAUGAAAGGAAGAAGGAAGACCAACGGCAGGAAGAGAUGGAAGUCAGAGGGCGGGCUGAUGGAGGAAGAACUUUGGACUCAAGAAUUGCAGUUUCCUCACCCCCGCUCUCCCUUGCCCGGUCCUCCCAACCCUACUUCCUGCACUCUGCACUCCCUGCUUUUCGCCCAGGCUACUGUAACUCCCAGCCCGUUGCAGGUCCCAGGCCUCGCAGCCAUGUGGGCCAAGAGUCCACAGACAAACGCAGUAUCACACAGGGUGCCGCCGCUGCCGGCUCAGCUUGUAUCCAGAGAGAUGAUUCCAGCUCUGCUAUAAGCUCUGGACUCAAGCAUGAUUCCCUGGUUGAUUUGGGUGCAGAAUGUCCUCUUGACUCUGGCAGCAUCUUUAAGAAGAACACACAUUCGGCAUAUCGGUGCAUCAGUGAUUCCAAAAUCAGCAAAGGAGAUUUUACGUCUGACUCAAUCAGUAAUUUUGACUCUCUUUACAGCAGUGAUUCAAAGAAGCGGGCUGACGCCCACGCUAAGUCUGACACAUCUUUUAGUGGCACCUCUGAGGCUCCAGUUUGCACCACGCCGUAUAAGAACAUAGAUGUCAUGAUGACGUAUUCAGACAGCAUCAGUGCUGCAGAUUCGCUGUAUUCAGAGAAGCGCUCGCACGCAGACCAAAGCAGCAUCAAGGCCAGAACAUCCAAAGAACUCCCUCCUCUCCCCACUUGUUACCUGUACCACCCUAAGAACUGUCCUCUUCAUCGGGGGGCCCCUCCUCGCCUCUCGCCUAUCGGAGCCCUCUCUCCUCCCCAGCGCACCGGAGCCCCCCCUCCAGGUGCAGCAGGUUCUUGUCUGAACUCCCCACUUUUCCCACGCUCUCACACCUUGCCUGCCCUAGCUGCUCCCCUCUACUAUCCAAACCUCUUUCCUACUACACUGCCCAAGGCGCCCCCCUUACCCCCAAAACUCUACCAGGGUCCUCCGCAGUCAAACGUGGCGACUGUCCGCAGUGUCUCAUUCGCCGGCUCUGUACAGAGGCCAGACGCACCCUGGAUGGGCGAGGAUGUCAUCCAUCCAAUGAGAGGUCUCGGCCUGUCCUCUCAGUGCCUGCAGGAAAAGAGAGCCCUCGUCAGUGCCGUCAGCGUGGCAGUGGAAGCCAUCUUGGCUCAGUUCAGUUCUUCCCGAACUGUAGUUCAGAAGGCCUUAUCAGGUGACAGCGCUAUAAAUCCAUCUCUGGGCCGCCUGGUGCUGCAGUGCCUCUGCCCCGCCCUGCACAGCUUGCUGACCGAUGGCUUGAAACCCCACCAGAGUGACCUCAUUGCAGGCAGGAGGCCAAACUCCACCUGGGGUCUAGUCCAGGCCACAACAAAGCCAGGUCCUAAAACUCAAGCCUUGUACACCCUGCAAGUCAGAGUUGGCGAGCUGCCCCAACUGAAACGGAGCAAACACAGGUUCAACGCAUUCCUCCUCGGCCUGCUGAACACCAAGCUUAUUGAUUCCUGGCUGUCUCACCUUCAGUCUUGUAGUGAUGUGCUGGAGACAUAUUACCACCCCAGCUCUUUUAUGCGUCAGUCAGUGACGUCCUGCCAGCAUCUGUUUGAGGAGCUGCUCCUCGUGUUGCAGCCACUCAGCCUGCUCACCUUCAACCUGGACCUGCUCUUCCAGCACCACCAUUUAGAACCGGACGGUCACAGGCCUGAGAUACCCAGCCCUCCCUUUCAUGAGGCUGGGUUUCAUAUGUCACCAAAGACCCCAUCUGAAAGCCCAGGCAGCCAGUACAUAGAAAGUCUCUCAGAAGUAGACUUUGGAAGCCCAGAACAUCCAGCAGACAAAGAUAGAAAGUCUCCACCCUCGGUUAAUCCAAAGAAUGGAGGAUCAGGGAAUUCUACAAAUACAGAUGCUGCACCUAUGAAGGCUAGAGUUGCUCUCGGGCAAACCAGUCCUCAGCUGCUAUGGGUGCAGGAAAAAGAAAUUGAAGAUUUACCACCUCCUAACCUUGAAGAGGAUAGCUUUGCUCACCAGGCAGGACAGGCAAUCCAACAGGGUUGGGGCGCCGUGAUGCGCUGGGGAGGCUGGCUGAGCCACAACCUGGCUGACAAGAACCCGUCUGCAACAAAAAAGGAGGUGAUGAAGACUGCUCCAUCAGAUCUCCAAGCCGAGUCCAGAACUGACUACAGUCCUGUCAGCAGUGACGUUCAGGUUCCCUGGGGUCUCAGUCGACUUUUUGGAGCUUCGAAAAGCCCCAGCAGCCCAACUGGUCACACACCACCGACCAGGCGUCCCUCUGAGUGGUUGGCUCCUGGCGUCACUGCUCUGACCCGAAUGGUGAGCAGUAGCUCCUCUCCAGCGCUGCGAAGGAUCCCUGAGCUGCAGGAACAGAGAGAGCCGGCUCCAGAGAAGCACGUUGACACACUGGAGAUGAAGGACAAACCCAGACCGCUCAGGUCUGUCCGAACGCUGUGCGACCACGCUGGAAGCGGCUCAGAGCUCACCUUCUGCAAAGGAGAGGAACUUGUGGUGUUGGGAGGUGUCGAUCAAGACUGGAUUCGCUGUCGUCAGGGAGAGAAAGAGGGUCUGGUACCUAUUGGCUACACCUCCCUCAUCAUGUGACAUUGGCACUAUAGCUGCACUAAAUCCAUACAAGAAUGAAUGAAUGAAAAAGUAAAUAAAUAUAAAAUUUAUAUAUAAAUAUAAAUAUAUAUAUAUUGAAAGUGACUAUUGAAAAGGUUAUGGUGAGGCUGUACUACUCUAAAAAGGAUAUUUCACUCAAACUCAAUUACAGUUUGAGUUGAGUGCAUAACACCAUCUGCUCUGCUUUAGUUUCAGUCUGCCAGCCCACUCCAGUAUGAACAUGGGAGUUUUUCCCGUUGCAGAUUAUCCAGUUUGGUAGCGUUGAGCUAAUGGGCUUCAGUGGCAGGAAUCCAGCAGAUGGUGUGAAAUAAUGACCCAGCUCAAAUUUAGACUCUUGGAUCUUUGAGUGAAGUAUCCUUUAAAGUGUGUUUCUCUCAAUUCCGCCCUCCGUGUCAGCUAUCCAUCUGAAUUUGAUCUCUGAUCACAAGGCAAAAUCUUUACAGUUUAAGAUUUACGCUCUUUCCGAUCAGCCGCUGUGCAUCGCGAGGAGGCAAGACACAACCCAGCGGCAGCCACACUAACUUUUCCGUCAGUCAGCUGCAGAAAGUUGUGCUUUUGCAGGUUCUUGAGUGCAGAACGCAUGUUAGAGUACUGCGCCCCAGCUCCUGUCACAUACUGGAUAUUGAUGUAGUGAAUCGUAGCUGUGUAGAUCUAUGUUCCAAUUGACCUUUCACUUUUAUCGACCCCUCAUCUUUCUCGCCAGGUUUAUGUGAGUAUUUCUGCUACUAUAUUUGACUUUAUAUAUACACAAUAUAUGAAUGAAAAUAUAUGUGUAUAGGUACAUAAACUGAUAAUGAUAUUAUCACGAUAAACAAAUAAGAGAAAGCAAAUGGUAGAACCCAGACAGCGAUGUAAAACUGGGAUUGAUUUAGAGAUAAAUGGGUCGGCCCAUCUUUACAUGUGCAACUUGCCUCACACAUCAAGUGACUGUCAUACGUGCAAAAUGAAAUGUGUUCAUUUAAGUAUGAAAUCCAGUAUCUUCCCUCUUGCGUGCUUUAUGCGUUGACAUCUUCUCUAGAUAAUAUUCAUAACAUCGUUAGAUUAUAGCUCAUAUCUUUUUCACACCGUAUCCAUUAAUGAAUGCUUUGAUUAAAUGCCGGUAAGUAUCCAUACGUCACCGCCCAGCCAUAGGAGAAAAAAUCAGACGACAGCAAUCUGUAGCUUAUCUCUUGGUCAUGACCUCACAAAGCCAUCUUCAGGUCCUGUUUAAAAAUAAAAGUGA